AAAAGCCCAGUGCACGCUCACAUUAUGACGUAAUCCUGUGAAAGAGCACGCGCUCUUCUCAACAAUGUCGACCACCAAAACACAGCAGCCGCGCCGCGCGCCUCCAUCCAUCACAACCCGAGCAGAACCGAGCAAAUGAAAGCGAAAUCUCAUCGCUGUGCGACCAGGAACGUUUAGAGGGGGACAUGGCUGCUCAAGAACCCUCUCCCCCGUCCUCCAUGGAGAACAACAAGCCAGGGUUCCCAAAGAAGAUUCUGGCCAACAAACUUGAAGACAAACAUUUAUGCAACUGCUGUCAGAACAUUUUGAGAAGACCGUUCCAAGCUCAGUGCGGUCAUCGCUUUUGUUCUUACUGCUUCAACCGGACUGUUGGAUCUGGACCACAGAAAUGUAACGCCUGUAUCAAGGAGGACAUCUUCGAAGAGCCCACGUCGAUUCUCAAACAGGGCUGCGCGUUUCCCGACAAUGCUGCCAGAAGAGAAGUUGAAAAUCUUCCAGCUGUGUGCUUCAACGAGGGCUGCGCCUGGAAAGGCAGCAUUAAAGAUUAUGAGUUGAGCCAUGAGGGGAAAUGUGAGUUCAUGAUUCUGUCCUGUCCCUUGUGCAAAGAGCUCAUUAGAUUUAACGAACAGGAGCGUCAUAAUGAACGCGAGUGUCCUGAGAGAACGCUCAACUGCAAAUACUGUAAAGAACCAUUUCACUUCAAAAACAUCAAGGCCCAUGAUGAGAUCUGUCCCAAAUAUCCUAUGAUUUGUGAAGGAUGUGCGAAGAAGAAAAUCCCCAGGGAAAAGUAUGUUGACCACAUCAAGUUCUGCAGCAAAUUCAGGACUCCGUGCAGAUAUCAUGUGGUUGGCUGUGAUAUGUUAGUGGAGAAGGAGAAGAUCCACGAUCACGAGCGUGCCUGUGCUCACGAACAUCUGAACCUGCUAUUGCAUUACAUCAUGGGCAUGAAGGUCAGUCUCGAGGGCCUGCAGCCACAAAGUCUGGAGCUGGCCGGUCACAAAGCGCACGAGCUUCACCAGGCGCUUCGAGACCUGGAAGCCAGAGUCAGUCAGCUGAGCACCAUCCCCGGCCCGACCGGACCUCCCGUGCAGGGGGUCCCCUCCUCUUCGUCCUCCGCCUCGUCCUCCUCCGCAUCCGCCAUCGCGCCGCCUCCUCCGCCGGCCGCCGCCACUCUGCCCACGUCCUUCACGCCGCUUCCCAGCUCGGUCGGCGCCGCCCUGGAACUACAACUCCACAGCGAGAAGACCAAAGUGGCAGAUCUGGGCCGCCGCUGCCAGGACCUGGAGGUGAAGGCGGGGACGUUCGAAGAUGUGGUGUGUGUGCUGAAUCGAGAAGUGGAGCGCUUUGCAACCACCAUGGAGGCCAGCAACCGCCAGCACAGACUCGAUCAGGACAAAAUCGAGGCUCUUAGCAACAAGGUUCGUCAGCUGGAGCGGCAGGUGGGCGUUAAAGACCUGACUGUUGCUGAAAUGGAGGGCAGACUGCGGGAGAUGUCCGCAACCACGUUUGAUGGCGUCUUCAUCUGGCGGAUAUCAGAUUUCACUAAAAAGAGACAAGAUGCCAUUGCUGGACGGGCGCCUGCCAUGUUUUCACCUGCAUUUUACACAAGCAAGUACGGCUAUAAGAUGUGCCUGCGUAUUUACCUGAACGGAGACGGGACGGGUCGUGGAACUCACCUCUCGCUGUUUUUCGUGGUCAUGAGAGGAAUGAGCGACGCGCUGCUCAAAUGGCCUUUCAACCAGAAGGUCACACUGAUGCUGCUGGACCAGAGUAACAGAGAGCACAUCAUCGAUGCGUUCCGUCCCGACAUCACUUCCUCCUCAUUCCAGAGGCCCGUAAGCGAGAUGAACAUCGCCAGCGGCUGCCCGCUUUUCUGUCCGCUGUCCAAGCUGGAGGGCAAGAACUCGUACAUACGUGACGACACCAUCUUCAUCAAAGCCAUCGUGGACCUCACUGGCCUUUAGGUUUUCUACUCGCUCACGGUCAGACGCUGCCUCUGACGCACGAGCUGCUUUACCACAGCGGGAGAUUUAUUCCAUGACGUCUGUUUUGACACGUUUCCCUGCAUGUGUUAAGCUGCCACAAAUGUUGCACUGCUGCAUAGUUCCAGAAAGGGUCAGUAGAGCGCUGUAACGGGGAAAAAGGGUUGUGAAACACUGGAAUUGAACGUGAAGUCCGGUCCAGUUACAUAGUGUAGAUCCCAAUUCAGAACUUAAGUUCUUCAGCACAGCGCAGACUCUUUUUUUCACUGAUUGGGUGGAUUUAAUCACACAGAGCAGAGAGUACUAUACUAUUAUAGGUAGUUGAAUGCAUCAUCAAAUUAGACAAUAUAUUUAAUAAACGAACAGGCUGAUUAGCAUUUUACAAAUUGCAAUUUGCAUGAUGAAGACCUUUUUUUUUUCUUUUUUGGAAAGUCAUUGCUAAGUGGACAAACUGUACUCCUGUAGUGCUAAACUGUUUUUGAGGGUCAAGGGGGUUUUAAUCGUCACACAUUUAAGUAUAGUGAGGGUCAUGAUCGUGGAUUUCAUUUAAUCUGUGUUUGGAUACAUCUGUGGAAGAUAGUUUGAAGUUUAAAGGUAAAAAUCGUAAAACCGUAGGUGUCUGUGAAAUGGUCCUGAGCAGGAGUCCUGUGCACAUGAAGAUUGAAGUUAUUACGUUGCAUUUUGUAUAUUUUUAAGAAACUAUGACGAGUCUUGGUAUUACUUUUGUAAAUAGCGAUAUUUAUACAGUUGAUACAUCGGAGCUUGAGUUUAUAGUGUUUGCCGGCUUCAUGGAGUGCGAGUUUGUAUUUUAUUCCUUUGAAAUCGUUCUCACUGCCAAAUGACGUUCGAGGCAGUUUCCGUAUUUUCUAGGCUACGUUUAAGCUCUUGAGAUGUUUACACAGGACCAAGCUUUUGCUAUACAAUUGUCUUUUAUAUUUGGCAUUGGGGGUGUGACAGCUAGUAAACCAGAAUCUGCUGAUUUUAAACCAGUUAUGACAACUAUUGAAACUUCUCUGUGCAUGGGAGGCCUCAAUCUGCAAAUGCACAUGAUAUUUAUCACAAACAGUUUACUCAUCCAGUGAGUGACGACACCACUGCAGACAUACUUUAGAGAUAAAUGAAAUAAAUAUUAAACGAUGAUUAUUUUAUACGAUACACUGCUUCUAUUCUUAAAAAUACAAGCAGAUAUCUAUAUAUUCAUACUCUAUAAGCAAUCGAUAUGUAUCUUUAUAUAUAACGACCAUAAACUCUCAAAGUGAGGGAUCUUUAUACAGGAAAUGUAUAUACAGUUUACAUCUAUUUUAUUAUAUUUAAUGCAUAUUAUUUAUAUAGCUGUACAUGUGCAGUCAUGGUGGUUUAAAACUAAUUUUACCUUCUUCUUAGUAAAUUGUCAGAAAUGCAAAUUAAUUUGUACAUGCGAUGCCUUGUGAUAACUUGAAUCCGAUCACUUGAUACGAUCUUCAAACAGAUAUAUAGCUCAUCUGAAAGCUGAGGAUAAAAACUGCAAUACUGAGGAAGCUCAACUUUAGGGCAUUUCUUAAAAGGGACAAAAUAAAUGGUACCAGACAUUAAAACGAUAUGUUAUACUGUGUUUCUGUGACAUUAUUUGUGCCAAAUAUCCAUAGUGAAGUGCUGUUAGAGUUAAUAGAUAAUGAUCUGUCCUUUAAUGAAAACUGACUGAAUGUAUGUCACACUCAAAAUGUGCAAUUUUAUAAAAACAAAAACUUAAUGUAUACUGUAUUAGUUUUCGUUUCCUCUUCAAUUUGAAAUUUGUGACUCAUUUUUCAACUUUAUCACACUGCAAAUUAUAUACCCCCAAAUUUACAGGUAAAAAGUUUAGUAAAUGUUGCACAUACCAAAAAUUGAGCCACAAUAAUUAAUGCCACACUUUCAUUUAUCUAUUAAGUUGAUCCUGACAGCUCACAAUAUUUUCAUUGUUUAGAAAGAUGUUUUCCUGUACCUAUUUCUUUUUUUAAUUUUAUCCUAGUAUGUUUCUAUGUAAGAUGCAAAAAUUGUCAUAAAACAUAAAAAAUUACAUUUCACUAACCUU